CUUUGGACUUUAUUUUGAUUAAUAUUUUAGUGCGAAUUAAGUGCAUUUAUGUCAUCGAAAUAAGUAGCGACCAUUUCAUUGGAUUUUAUUUUUUUGUUUCUUUUGGUUGAAAAACGAAAACAAAUUUUACAAAGAUGACUUCGUUAAUUGAGAGCUAUGAGCAACAAUAUUCAGUGCUUACGGCUGAAAUUACAUCGGAAAUUGGAAAACUGAAGCGUAUGCCAGAAGACGGUGACAAACGCGAAUUAAUCAGAACGAUCAAUGGAAGCAUCGACGAAGGUAAAGAAUUGCUCGAGCAAAUGAGUCUAGAGAUUCAAGAUGUCGAUUCAUCGACCAAAGCCAGCUUUGUAUCUCGCCUAAAUUGCUAUCAAGCCGAAUUGAAACGUUUAACGCAAGAUUUUCAAAAUGCAAAAAAUGAAACACAAAUUCAAUUGUACGAUUCUUCCGAUUUUGAUGAAUUUACUACCAGUGGCAUAAGUAGUGAACAACAACGGCGCCUUUUGGACAAUUCCGAACGCAUUGAACGAACGGGCAAUCGACUUACUGAAGGUUAUAAAACCAUAUUGGAGACAGAGAGAAUUGGCACUGCUGUAUUACAAGAUUUAUCAUCGCAAAGGGAAACAUUACAAAAAUCCCGAUCCAGAUUGCGUGAAGCAAACGAAGACCUACGCCAAUCAUCUCGAAUUAUGAAUUCAAUGAUAAUGAGAUCGCUACGUGAACGAGCCGUUCUAUUUGGUGUUAUUAUCAUUUUUAUUGUUGUCGUUUUUUCCACAUUAUACUAUGCCAUCACACAUUGAAAUCAUUACUGUUACUUGUGUUAACAUUCCAAAAAAUGAUUUGAAUCAAUUUGAGAAGAACAUAAAAUGUUGACUUAUAUAUUUAAACCAAAUCUAUAAUAUGAAUAAGUUCUAAUAUUUCUAUUUUAAUUGUGUUGUAUGUGAUUUAUGCGAAAUAUUAUAUUAUAAGCAAAAAAUAAAAAAUAAAGUCCUGUGAACAAAUGCAAUGAAA